GUGAGGGGUGUGUGUACGCUCCCGAGGCAUGACCAGGAAACAUGGCGGCGCUCAUGACACUCAGCCAGUUAUCAAGCGGGAAUCCAGCCUACGAGAGCUACUACAGACAGCUGGAUCCAGUAAAGAGUGGCAAGAUAUCAGCUGGGGAUGCUGCUCAGUUCCUCAAAAAGUCAGGGCUGUCAGACAGUACUUUGGGAAAGAUAUGGGAUUUGGCUGACGCAGAGCGAAAGGGCUAUUUGGACAAGCGGGGUUUCUUCAUUGCCUUGAGACUGGUGGCCUCGGCACAGGCAGGACACGACGUCAGCCUCAGCAACCUCAGCCAAACAGUUGCGCCUCCUAAAUUUCGAGACACAAGCAGCCCUUUAUUAAAUGCUCCAGCAUCUGACUCAAGUUGGGCAAUAAGGCUGGACGAAAAAGGGAAGUUUGAGGGCAUCUUUGAGAGUCUGUCCCCCAUCAAUGGCCUCCUCUCAGGCGAUAAAGUCAAGCCUGUCUUGAUCAAUUCAAAACUACCUCUGGAUGUGCUGGGAAAGAUUUGGGACCUGGGCGACGCAGACAAAGACGGUUACUUGGACAAAGAGGAAUUUAUUGUGGUCAUGCAUCUUGUGUAUCGGGCAAUGGAGAAAGAGCCGGUGCCGACCACCUUACCUGCUUCUCUGAUCCCGCCCUCAAAAAGAAAAAAAGGGCCUGGCGUGCUGCCGGGUGCUGUGGCUGUCCUACCCAACCUGCCCGGGUUCUUGGGCACCUCGGCUCCUCUUAAAGACGCCCGGCGGAGCACUCCUCCUCCCCUUGUUUCUCCCCUCGCAAGCUCAACGAGCAACCUCUCCCCAAAGCACUCCUUUAGAUCAAGUAAACAGGGAGAGGAGAAUUGGGUGGUCCCAGUGGCCGACAGGGAGCGCUACAAUGAUGUCUUCAAGAAAACCGACACGGACAAUGACGGCCUGGUCAGCGGAACGGAGGUCAUUGAGAUCUUCAUGCACUCCAGCCUCUCCCAGACCAUGCUGGCACAAAUCUGGGGGCUGGCUGACACCAAACAGACGGGCAAGCUGACCCGGGAGCAGUUCUGUCUGGCCAUGCACUUCAUCCAGCAGAAGAUCACUAAAGGUGUCGACCCGCCGUCCACUCUCACACCAGACAUGAUUCCGCCCUCAGAGAGGGUGGCGGCUUCAGCAGCAAGUCCUCCUGACAUCGCUGUAGCGCCAGCAGAGCUGACGGUCACCAAAGAGCUGGAUGACCUCAGCCAGGAAAUAAGUCAGCUGCAAAGAGAGAAAUUCAUCCUGGAACAAGAGCUUAAGGAAAAGGAGGAAACCAUCAGGAAGCAAAAUAAUGCUGUUCAAGACAUGCAGCGUGACUUGGACAGGGAGAGCGGCAGCCUGCAGGACCUGGACUCCCAGAAACAGGAUGCCCAGAGGCGCCUGGACAAAAUGGACCAGCAGCGCUCCAAGCUGGAGGGGAUGCUCAAUGACAUCAAGCAGAAGUGUCAGGAAGAGACGCAGACGAUCUCCACCUUGCAGAGCCAGAUCCGCUCCAAGGAGACCGACCUGCAGAGCCAGGAGGAAGAGGUGGGCCGCACCCAGGCAGACCUUAGCCGCCUGCAGGAUGAGGAAGCCCAGCUGGAGAAGAACCUGCUGUCGGGUCGCGUUCAGCUGGACAGCAUCACCAAGUCUCUGAAGAAUGCCCAGGAAGAAAUCAGCCAGGCUCGCAGUAAGCUGUCGCUCAUCCAGGAGAACCAGAAGGAGGUUACCAAGACCAUUGAGCAGUACAACAGCGCCCUGAGCGACCUCGUGGGAGAAAGCAACACGGCUGAUGCAAGUGACCUGCUUGCAGAGAAGGAGAACGUAGUCUUCAGAAGUGCAGAUGAAUCAUUCAAGUCAAAGCUAGCUAUGUUCAACCAUACCGCUUCUAAGGAACCUCCAGCCGACCCCUUUCAGACAGAAGACCCCUUCAAAUCCAACCUCUUCAAAGAUCCUUUUGGAGAUCCUUUCAGAGAAAGUGACACCUUCAAAGGUUCCUCAUCUGACCUCCUCAGGAGGACAAGCAGCCUGUUUGGAUCCUCGGAACCUUCCGCAGGGAAACCCAAGCCUCCAAUCAAGCCUGGCUCCCACAGCCCAAAACCAAGGAAUUCAGAAAUCAGACAAUCCUGUUCUACCAUCAAAGAAAACCGUGCCUAACCGGCCUGCCCCUCCCUACGGUAAGUGUGUGUGUGUGUGUGUGUGUGUGUGACAGAGUGACUAGCACUUUGAGAUUUCUUUGGAAUAAAAGUGUGAUAAAUAAAAUCUAUUAGUUGUUGUAGUAGUAGUAGUAGUAGUACGCCCACUCAUUCUGAAUAUAAAUGGUCCUCGAGUUACAGUUUUGUUUGGUUUGGUUUGGUUUGGUUUAGUUUAUUUGAACAUGAAGGUUACAAUGGAAUACAUCUCGUGAAUCAUUUUUUGACAGUUCCACAUGUCCAAAAGGAGUAGGAAGAAGCAAAGCUUAUUUAAUCCUACCCCCCAUCCAUUCUACAUCUAGUACAGUACAUGUAGUUCACUUCCUGGAUUCCAUGUCAUGUUUUCAGUGAUAGUCAGGAUAACACAUAAUAGAUAACGGUGAGAUAACCCUCCCCCCAAAAAAAGAGAGAACAUUCAUAAUAAUGAUAAUAUGAUGACAAUACUAAAUAAAUAAAUAAAUAAAUAAGAACAAAGCUUUUUUUUUUUUUUAAACACAACAAAGAAAAUUAUAAAAAAAAUAAAUAAAUAAAUAGAAAUAAAUAAAUAACAAAUAAAAUUUAAUUAAAUAAAUAAAAAAUAAAAUAAAAUAAAAUAAAAUAGAAAAUAAAAAAAUAAAUAAAUAAAAUAAAAUAACAAACCUGACAGAACAAUCAGGACUCUUCUGCCUUGUAUUUGGCAAACAUCAACUGCUUGUAUUGUUUUUUGAAUUUGCUCAUCUCUGUACAUUGUUUGAGUUCUUUACUCAAUCCGUUCCAUAAUUUAAUUCCACACACGGAAAUGCUAUGGGUUUUCAGCGUUGUUCUCGCAUAUAAAUGUUUUAGGUUUAAUUUUCCUCUAAGAUCAUAUUUCUCCUCUCUGAUUGAGAAAUACUUGAUUAGAUUUUUGGGUAACGAGUUAUUAUUAACUUUAUACAUUAUUCUAGCGGUUUGAAAGUGUACUAAAUCUGCGAAUUUUAAUAUCUGUGAUUUUAAAAAUAAAGGGUUUGUAUGUUCUCUAUACUUGGCAUUAUGAAUUAUCCUCACAGAUCUUUUUUGCAGUACAGUGAGUGAGUGAAGAUUACUUUUGUAGUUAUUUCCCCAUAUCUCCACACAAUACGUUAGAUAUGGUAAUACUAAGGAACAGUACAGAGUGUGGAGUGAUUUUUGAUCAAGGAGAUAUUUUGCUUUAUUCAAUAUAGAGAUAUUUCUCGCCACCUUUUGUUGUAUAUAUUUAAUAUGAGAUUUCCAACUCAUUUUUUCAUCUAUUAUAACCCCAAGGAAUUUAUAUUCUUCCACUUUUUCAAUAUCCGUUCCAUUAAUUUGUAUUUGGUCGUACGUGUCCUUUCUACUAUUACCAAAUAGUAGAUUUGUGGUUACGUACGCACUCCCAUAAAUUUAAAAACAGGACGGCCAGUAAACAGGAGACUCCCUCAAGAACUAUUAACAGCGGAAGAUUACACUAUGUGCUGCUCCCACUCAGAGCCACACUACUUUCAACACUGGACUGUUAGAACCACCAUUAAGGAUAAAGAUGGUAUUGUAUCGUCUACCCAGAUGUUGUAAGUAUGAGGAAGAGGCAGUCCAUCAAAAAUCUAUUUAUUGCAAAAACAACACAGGCUACUGUGGGCUGAAUCACACCAAAACAACAUCAGCAAACCUGAUUACUUUUAGUGUUUUAUUACUGUAUUGUAUGUGCUUCAUGUGUUCUGUGUACAGUCAGUGACUUGGGAGUUAAUGUGGUCAUGACACCAAAAAAAAGUUUGAACAAAACAAUAACAAAAUACAGCGGUCCGUGUUUUGCUAGCAAUUCACGUCGAGAACAAUUAUGGGUGACACCGGCAACCAGGUGCAAACACAGCCAUGAACGCAUGUGAAUAAUGUGACAUAUUCACUACAAUAGCAAGAUUCACUAAUAUUGUGUUGUGAGGAGUGGGAUAUGUUUUACUGGCAGUGAUAGCCACUGAUAGCUAUCAACUAGCUCUAUGCACACUGUACAGUGCUGAAGACGAGUGACUACGGUUAUAUUGUAGUUCAGGAAGCAAUUUGGCAUGAAAAACCAUAUUCUAUGAUUUGUAGUGAUGCUGCAAUCAAAGACGGCCCUUUGGAUUUAUUCUUGCACGCUCCAACAGAUAGCACAUUAGCCACCUACUGUAGCUAGUGCGUCAUAACCAAGCAAGUUGGGAAUCAACAGUGCAUUAUUGUAGAGAAUGUUAGUUGAAAAAAUGUGGUUUGACUUACUGCCACCUUGGCACACCUUUCCACGGUCGAAUGUCUUGUGGGGUUUUGACUUUCUAUUUCCAUUUGCAGGGCAGUAUUGAAACCCUUGUCCCACGAAGUUUGACGAUCAUCUGACAAGGCAAAUGGUGUCUUUUUAGAAAUGUCAAUAAGCUUACUCAGUCUCCUCGAGUGUUUCAGCAAAAGCCUUCAACACAGCGAGUAGGCAUAAUAGGCAAAGCAAGUUUAUUUAUAGAUCACAAUUCGUACACAAGGUGAUUCAAAGUGCUUUACAGAAAAAAAGGAUAAAAUCAUUCCAUAAAACAUAAAAUCAUUACAUACGAUUCCAUAACACAAAAAAGAAAGAAUUCAAAUUAAAGACUGAAGAUAGAAUACUUCAGUUGUCAAAUGCACAGUUGAGUAGAAGUGUUUUCAGCCUGGAUUUGAACAUUACCAAAGUUGAAGAUUGUUGCACAUUUUCUGGAGGACUGUUCCAAAUUUUGUCAAGAUAAAACUGAAAUGCAGCCUCACCAUGUUUAGUUUUGACUCUGGGCACCCGCAGGAGACCACUCUCUGAGUGUCUCAGGGACCAAGAUUGUUCAUGUGGUUCAAACAUGCCAGAGAUGUACUUUGGCACAAGACCAUGAAAAGACCUGUAUACAAGCAAAGCUGUUUUAAAGUCUAUUCUCUGAGCGACAGGAAGCCAAUGCAGAGACCUGAGUAAUGGACUAAUAUGGUCAUAUUUCCUGGCUCUCGUCAGGACUCGAGCAGCAGCAUUCUGCAUGUACUGCAGCGGUUUUACUGCGUGUUUAGAGAGCCCGGUGAGAAGGCCGUUACAGUAGUCUAGCCUGCUGGAGACAAAAGCAUGGAUUACCGUAGUCUCUCUAGUCUCUCUAGAUUUGGCAAUGUUUUUUAGGCUGUCAAAAGCUACUGAUGUUAUUGGUUUGAUGUGGCUGUUAAAGGUUACAUCUGAGUCCUUUUAUUACCCUUAGAUUUCUAACCUGCUGAUUAGGUUUUAGAGAAAGAGUCUCAACGUGAAAAGCAUGUCAUUUGCAUUGACAUUUUGGUGUGUAUUACUAUUGAAAUUUGUAAAGAAAAAAGCAAAAAUGUAUUAGUGAGUUGUUUAUAUAGAACACCAAAGUCAAGCAUUGAAAUGUUCAAGGAUUGGAUCAAGUCAACCUUAAUAGACAUCAGCUAAAAAAUAACUUUUGUAUGUUGGGACUUCAAUAUUGAUCUUCAGAAUCCAAUAAGCACAAGAUAAUAGAUGACUUUGUGGAUACAAUGUGCAGUUUGAGUCUAUAUCGUAAAAUCACUAGACCAAGCAGACUAACACACCAUUGUGCCAUGCUAAUUGAUAAUGUAUUCAUUAAUGAUUUUUGAUAAUAACGUGACUAUUUGGUCUGCCGAUUAAUGAUAUCAGUGAUCUUCCAGUGUUUAUAAUUUACAAUGAAAACUACGGGAAGAUCUGGAAUAACAAAGUUGGGAGUGCGUCUAUUGUGAUAUUAUGUGGAUGAAACAUACGAACACUUUCUAAAUAUUUAUAUGAAGUUCUAUGAUAUGCACUGUCCAUUGUGGGGAAUUGUGCAAUAAGCAAAAGAAGAGAAUAUGCAAAAGAGAAUAUUAUAGUAAACUAUUAAAGAAUGAAAAACAACAUUAGAGCAACAUGGGGCAUUCUAAACAGUAUUAUCAGGAAUGGAUCCAAAAAAGCAGAUUACCCUCAAUAUUUGUCAUAAUAAUAAUAAAUAAUAAUAAUUUGAAACAUGUAAAUGCCCAAAAAUUUGGAUAUGAAGUAGGUAAUUGAAAUGUUCAAUAAAUACUGUCUAAUCAUUGGACCAAAUUUAGAGGAAAGGAUCCCAAAUAACUUAUCAGCUAUGCGACAGCUCAUUUAAAAAAAAAAAAAAAAAAAAAGACAUAAAAGACAAAAAAUAAUGAAAUGACUAAAAAGAUGGUUUGAUUUAAAAACAGAUUAUCCCUGAACCCAAGUAAAACUAAAAUCAUGCUAUAUGGUAAUAGUAGAAAUGAUACCUAUGAUAUAAAUAGAUGGCGUGGACAUUGACAGAGUGAAUGAAAAUAAAUUUCUAGGCGUAUAAUAGAUGACAAAAUGAGUUGGAAAUCCCACAUUAUAAAUAAACAACAUAUGACAAGAGAUACUUUUAUACUCCAUAAAGCAAAAUCACUCCAUGCUCUGUAUUGUUCUUUAGUCUUACCAUAUCUAACUUAUUGUGCGGCGAUAUGGGGAAAUAACUAUAAAAGCAGACUUCACUCACUAACUGUACUACAAAAAAGAUCAAUUAGGAUAAUCCUUAAGGCCUCUUAUAGAACACAUAUAAACCCCCUAUUCCUGAAAUCACAUCUAUUAAAAUGUGUUGACCCGGUAAACCUCAAACAGCUAAAAUUAUACAUAAAACAAAAAUAACCAGCUACCCAAAAACGUAAUAUGAUUCUUCUCAAAACCUUCUGCAUAUCAGUAUGUGGAACAGAUUGAGAGAAGAACUCCAACAAUGCACUAAAAUGACUCAUUUCAAAAGACAGUACAAGCAGUGGACAGUGCUACACAUUGUUAUAUUGCUUUAUCAUUUUCUCAUGUUAUUCAGAACUGGCAAAGGUAACAUGUCGAAUGGGAAAUGGACAAACGUAUCAGCAAUUGAAAUGCAGUUGGCAAUUGUGAAAUGUAUUAGCAAAUUGUUGUGCAACAAAGAGGGAUAGAGUGGAAUGAGAUGUGCUUCUUUUUACUCCUUUUGGACAUGUGGAACUGUCAUGUGAUGUAUAUUAUGUGAAAGCAUGUGAGAAAAAAAUGUUAAAUCAAAUCAUCAUCAUCAUCAUCAACGUGACUAAUAACACUUUCUCUUUGUUUCUGUGGGCCACAGACAGUGAUUUCAGUUUUGUCAGUUUAGCUGGAAAAAGUUGUUUUGUAUUCACACACUGAUCUGUUUGAUACAGUGACAAAGUAAAUCUGCAGGACCAUGUUCACCUGCUGUCAGUGACGCGUAGAUAUGAGUGUCGUCUGCAUAGUUGUGGGCGGCAUGGCUCAGGUGGUAGAGUGGUCCUCUCCCAACGUGAAGCUUGCGGGUUCGAUCCUCCGUGAUCGCGUCGAAGUAUCCAUGAGCAAGAUACUGGUUUAAAUGUCACAUUCUCAAGAGGUGACAAAAAAAGAUACAUUUUUCAACAUUCGAGCAUAGGUCUGACACAGGAAAUAUGCAUUUCUAUAUUAUUUUUGACUGCUGAAAUAACAAAUUUAUCAUGUGGUUUGGUGUCAUGACUAGUAUAAUUUAGGUGCAAGAUCCUAUUUACACCUAAACUCGACUUCCAUCACGGUCUAGGAAUGAAACUCGUAGAUAACCCAAGGACCACCUGUACAUACUUUUUUUGGGGUUGCGUGAUGUGAAUCCACACUUCCCUAUUUGAGCUUCGAGGUGCAACGUUCUUCCUUUUGAACUUGUCAACAGGAAGCCUGCCGCUCGAGAUACGUUGCACGCCGUGGGUUCACAUACAAUGACGUGACCCUUGACUUAACCCACUUUUAAACUGUGCAAUGAUUUGGAGAAUCAAAAAACAUACACUCAAGUUCAUUUGUGUGUGUGUGUGUGUGUGUGUGUGUGUGUGUGUGUGUUAGUCAUGCAAAUCCCACAGGCCAUGCCCAGCACGUGCCCUUCCGCUGUGACCUUGCACUUGUGCUUUUAAGCAGAAGCCGCAGCAUGAGAAAGUCAGUGUUCCCCUUUGCUUGACCACAUAGAGUGGCAGUGGUGUGUGUGUAUGUGUGUGUGUGUUUGUGUGUGUGUGCGCGCGCACGCACGUGGUGUGUGUACCCAGCCAAGCCAGCUUGUGUUGGGCCUCAUACAUGAUGGGGUAUGAGUCUAUGGCUGAAAAGGUGUCGCUGUCCUGCAAAAACAAAUUUCUUGUUAAGAAAGAGGGCACCUGAGCGCAGACCUCUGUCAAGGACAAACUUGACAUCCAGGACACGCACCUUAAUCCAGAUUCUCACCAGUUUCUUCUUUGUCCCAUGCCACACAUUGGUCAAAAAUAAGGCAAGCAUCAAUAGAAAGACAGACCACGACCAGUUUUAAUGUCCACUCUUAAGUCCUUUUGUGUGCCAGUGUGACGACAGAUCGCUACGGAUACUGUACAGUACAUGUAUUUUGCAAGGCCGCUGCACUUUGCAUCCUGUCGCAAUUGUGCAACACAAUAUUGCCCUUCUGGAUUUAAAUGCCCCUUCUCCAGAGCAUUCACUUCAAGAUACAUUUCCUCCGACAGCCUCAGUUAGCGUGUCCAAAGACAGUCCCUCAAGUUUUGAAGGUUUUUGCUUUUUCUUUGUUUUUUUGCAUCUGCAUCAGUCAAAAGAUCAGACGACUUCCCCUGCUUUGAGAGCUUUACAUUGGCAUUUGUUGGCUAUGCACCAACAUGCUUACCAUGGAGGAGAAUCAUGACUCACCUCGACUGCUUAAUGCUUCCGUGCCGUCCAUUCCGCCAUGCAGUGCCGUCCACGUCUGAAAGUACCACUUUUUGGUGUCUGUUCUGUGAGGAGAUGAGCUUUGGGCUCAGUAUCUGUUAGCUACUUGGUGCUGCUAGCUCUUGCUAAAUAAUCAAAUAUGGCGACUAGUAAUGCUAAAAUGCAGCCACCUAGCAUUGUAACUGAUUGGUCAGGGUAUCGGACCUUGUGACGCAACCAGGACAUCCUCCCAGAGGUAGAACGCCCCAUUUUAGCUACUGCUAUGAUGUCCCGUUAUUUUUUUGUUUUGUAGCUGGCGUAGCCUACAGUGGAAAUUGUACUGUUCCAAGCCAAACCUAACCAUACCGCUUGAUAGAAACCAGGUUUAUGAAAGGAUGUUGAGAUUUAUGAAAAACGGGAUUUUGCAUCACCCACUAAUUUGUCCAUUGUCUGCAAGACCACCCUCUAGUGGCAUAUCUGCCAACAUGUACACUUUUUUUGUACUGCGCAUGCAUUUUGACCCUUGGUUACGCUUUGCUGCUCUACUGGUACACAUUUUGCUGCACUUUGCAGAUUUCAGUUUUGAAUUUGGUCUCUGAAGCGAGGAUUAUGCUCCUGCACAGAAGUGCCAGUGUGCACUACGCCAGCUCGCUCCUUUCCCUCCAAACCCUCUUGCAUAGCUUGACGUGCACCACUUGCGGACCGUAAAGGCUGUGAUUGGUUGACUUUUUUAAAAAUAUAUAUUUCCUGUGUGUAUACAACUUGUUCAGAUGGUGUACAGCCUAAUUUUACAAACGAGUUCAGAUCAACAUUUGCGAUAAAAGUGAUGGCUCCAUUGGAAACACAGAGCGAUACCAUUCCAAACCCGACCUAACCGUACCGCACUGUGGAAAUGUGCGGAUGUUGUGAGUUAUAAAAAGAAAACAAACCAAAACAAAAGGAUGUUGCUCCACCGACACCAACCGUUUGUCUUUGUCCAUCAUUGUAAGGGUGCCUUCUAGUGGAGUUAUAAUGCGUGGUGGCCCCUCCCUUGUCUGGCUCAGCUCUCACGUGACAUGAAUUGUUUUUUCCUCCUGUGUGUCACCAUGAUAAGUUGUUUAUUUUGUCUUCUCCUGGCAGAAAUUGAAGGCAAGCAGGUAAGCUCAGCCAUGUAGUCCACCCCAGAAUUUUUGCAUGUGAUCAUGAGCACGUUGAAAAAUGUCUCGCUGAUCCAAGCUGGCAUGUACAAGAAAAAUGUGGGCAAAAUGUCUCAUGUCUCUGCGCUUUCAUCUGCUUUGCAAUCUCAAAUCACCCAAGCUGUGUUUGGAUGUACUUUUACUUGCAUUUUUUAUUUUUUUUAUUUUAUUUUAUUUAUUUAUUAAAUUUUUUUUUACAAAUUUGCAUCCCAGAUCCAAGUUGAGCCUUUGGCCUCUGCUGUAUUUCCUCGGUUAAAGUCUUAUUUUGGGGUUUCUAGUUUGGAAGUGAAAGCCAGCAGCUGGAGUGGGCCAAGCGUGAGAGCGAGCGCGAGGAACGCGACAGGCUGCGGCGGCUGCGGCUCAAGGAGCAGCAGGACCUGGAGCUGGCCAUCGCUCUCAGCCGGGCCGACAU